CGCUGAGCCUUUCCAAGCCUUAUACCACCACGGCGUUCUUGGAGCCUGCGGGCUCAUCACUCCUCAUUCCACCACCUCCUCCACUUCAUCUCCUCCUCAGCCCCGCUCGCGCCGCCCUCUCAAACCCCUCCUCUACCACCUCCCUCCCUCCCUCCGCCUUCAAGUAAUGACUUUCCAACCCGCUGGUCCUGGCAAGACCGCACCCAAGCUCCUCCACGACUUCCUCUCCUUCGAUCCGAUUCGCGGCAAACCAAAUGUGCUGUCAGACCAUACUCCGCCGCACGGUGAGGGCCCGCAGCUCGCCGCGCCGAUUGGCUCGUGCCGACAUGAGUACACCAACAAGUUCAAGCAGAGCGUGCCCCCACCCCUCGACCUACGAGCGGAUGGAAACACCACCUACAAGCUAGCGGUGGUGUGCAGAAAGUGCCGAAUCCACGCAGACAUCCAGAUCGAUCACUCGAACUCCAUCAACCCAUGCCCCGCCCCCGAUCAUCCUCUCCACCACUUUCAGCGAGUCACUCCCCUCGACCGAACAACGUCGGACCGUAUAAGAUAUGUCUGGAACUGUUCUGCGGCAGACUGUCACGCCAACCUCUUCAUUUUGUUUCGACGACCGCGACUCAUCGAUGCAGACCUCAACCAUCUGACCAAUCCCGAGUUGCUGAAGAGACGCUAUGAUGCGCUGGUACAAGAGGAUCCGCAUAGAGAUGGCUUGGCCGUGGCUACACCCAUGGACUCGCUGUCACGACUGCGCAGAUAUGUUUCGGACUCGCUGAACCCUCAGCGGACGAAGCGACAAUUCCCCUCGAACAAUAAGCGUUUCCAAGAAGCCUUCGGCAUCAACGGCCAUGAUUGCUAUGCGCUGUUGGAUGGACUUGGCUUCAGAUACGAGGAAAACACAUGGACUCUUCCGAAUCCUCCUUUGGUCCCCGAUCGAUUGCGCGCCUCCGGCGACCUGCCCCGCGAGCUGCUAGAAGACGUAGAAGUGGAGUUGCUUGCGAUAAUGUCCAAACUCUCGGCGGAGCUGGGAGUGCCCAACCCGGCGGCGGAGGAAAGCUGGUCGUCGGCAAACCGAGACAUUGAGCGAACGCUUGCCGCACAGGGCUACCCCCGUCAUGUUUCACAGCGGCGCGCAUCUGCAUCGAACGCUGAACUCCCAUUCUUCAACAGCCUAGGUGCACUGCCCGACUUCUCCGACUCCCUCAUCGAAUACGCAUACGACCGUCAAAUCCUCUGCGACCCCGAACAGCAGGCAUACUACUUUGAGUGUUUGCAGGAAAUCACGGAAAGCCGCAGAACCGAGCAGCUGCAGAUGAAGGUGGCCACCCUGCAGUCUCAGGACAGUGUGAGCCGCAGGGACAUUCUCGCUGCUUAUCGAUACCUCAACAUCCUCCCCAACGAGGGACACAACGUGGACGACGCUCGAAUCCUGGAGAUCUUCCAGGCUCAGCAGUCUGACCUUGGCCUUGACGCGCAAGAAGAGGCCCGGGCUCAUCUGUACAAGCUUGGUGUCUCGCGGUCCAGUCAAAUGUUGAUCAAUGCGUCAAGACAGUCCGUCGAGACCUACCAGGAUGCUCUUACGUGGCUCGGCAACGGCGUGAGUCAGAACACACCAGACGAAGGCAUUCUGGCAGUUUUGGCAAUCAGAACAGCAGACAAUCCAGCAAACGAGGAAAUCGCCCUCAAAGCUAUAUCUGUCAUUGCGAAGGAGCGCAAGAGCAAUCAUCUGAACAACUGGCUGCUCACGGGCAAAAACGCCGGCUACACCAUGAGCGUUGACGAAGCGCUGCGGCAUCUGAACAUCGAACAGGACUUAUCCCAGCUUGACCCCACCAUUGUCCCGGCCAUCUUCGACAGUGCUCGACAAGAUCGGCCUGGCGAACGGACGGAGACGGCCAUCUCCACCAUCCAGCAGGCAAUGGCUUACUCAAAUGUCGGCGGCCCUCAGCACUCAGCUGCCACCUGGCCGGUUGGCCUGACGAGCCACGGCAACACUUGCUACCUCAACUCCCUUCUGCAGUACUACUUCAGCAUCAAGCCUUUGCGCGACAUCAUCCUGGACUACGACAAGUACAAACUGGACACCACAACCCACAUAGAGAAGGACGAGCGAGUGGGCCAGCGGAAGGUGUCAUUGGUGGAGAUCAAGGGUGGGCAACGAUUCGCAGAAGACCUGAAGCACCUCUUCGAACACAUGAUCAAGUCACCUGAUUCCGCUGUGAAGCCUGAAGAAGAUCUCGUCUGCAGAGCGUUCUUGGAUCCAAGAGAGUACCGACUGCUGGAUGCGUCCCAUCAGGAACAAAGUGCGGCGAAGGAGCGGAGUGCUGUAGAGGAUUCCAGCGCAGCCAACCCAGAGACCAUCAUGACCAAUGGCGCACCAGCAACCAACGACAACCCUUUCACUGAUGGUCAGACUCUCGCUAGUCCGACAGAUACUGCAGAUGUCGAGAGGCACCAUUCGGUGGCGUCCAGCGCUACUCUACAGGCUUCAACGAAUGGAGAAGACGGCGACGUGCCUAUGAAGCUCGGCGAGAUGCCUCCCACUCCCCCGGCCUCUCCCGGACUCAAAGGCCAAGAGAAACAUACCGUGCCAGAGUACACGCCACCUCCAUUGCCACCCCGACGAAGAUUCUCUACCGCCAAAGAGGAAGCGUUGGAGAUUGCCAAAUCUAAUGCGCGGCAGCAGCAAGACGUCACCGAAGUCCACGAUGGAGUCAUGUUUCGACUACGCUGCGGCAUGAUGGCCCGAGGUCACGACAACAGCGGAGAGCAAACCGAUCCGAUGAGAGACUUGUUCAGCAUGGACCUGGAGGACACGAUUGUCGACAAAGGCGUGGAACAAAAGCAAGAGGUUCUCGCCGACUCCAACAUCCAGCUGAAUGUGCCGAGUGAGGAUACGGAUAUCUAUUCCGCUCUCGACGCCGUAUUCGACCUCGGCCCGUAUGCCGAAAAUUCGUCCAUGGAGAGAUACAAGAGUAUCACCGCCUUGCCACAGCUGCUGCAAAUCAACAUCCCUCGGAUUGGCUACUCUCCCUCCAAGCAAGGCGCGUACAAAGCGACUGAGUGCGUGCGGUUGGAGGAUGAGCUUUAUCUGGAUCGAUAUUUGGGCCGCACCCACCCGGACAUUCUUGCCAAAAGACGGCAGUGUUGGGGCUGGCGGAAGCGACUUCAGGCUUUGAAGAUCGAGCAAAAAAUCAUUUCGAAGACAUCGCGGACGGAUCUCGAUGGACCUACCGUCGUCGCUGAGGCGGCCAAGUAUCUCGCGUCUUUGGACCAGGUCAACAAAGACCUUAUGGCCAUCGGCGUGGAAGGCAUUCAAGGUGACGGUGACCUCACUGAUGCACUUGCCGCCGAAGCAGCCACUCUAGCACAGCGCCUGGCAGACGUGGAAGCGGAGAUUGAGUUGCUGCAGCAUAGCAUCGACGCCGAAUUCGCCGAUACGAAGAACGUAAAGUACCGCCUGGCGGCCGUCUUCUUCCACCGCGGCCAGCACGGGCACGGGCACUACUGGAUCUACAUCCACGACUUCGCCAACGACAUCUGGCGCUCCUACAAUGACGAACGCGUCGAGGAGUUCACCAAGCUCGACGAGCUCUUCGAAGCCAAAACUUACAACCACGGCACGCCCACGUACGCCGUCUACGUUGCUGCGGAUAAGCUCGACACCAUUCAAGCCGUGUGUCGCGAUCCGGAGCAGCCUCCCACCCCGCCACCGAUCCCGGAAGUGCAGAUUGAGCGCGAGAUCGAAAUGGUCGACACGCAAGCGCCGACGCAGGAGGAGGAGCAGCAUGCGGGCGGAGUUGCGACCGGGCCUGACGUUGCAAUCGAAGGCGGCGAGCAGCCCUGGGAUGAUCCCAGGCAAGUGGCGGGCAAUGCCAAUUGGUAGCGUCAUGGCAUGCGUCUGCCCUUGCGCUAAUCUGCUGCUCGUCGCCUCCAAAAUUCAAUGAACUACCGUUUGAAGUCGAGGGUAUUGGUGGGAAAGUGCAGCUGGAGCGCACGCUUGUGUCUACCUGGUCAUCACCGAGGACGAGGGCACGCUGGCGAUGAUAACGGUAAUGUUGCUAUUAAGCUUGCGAUGAAGGAAUGGUGUCCUCGGUCUUCGCUGCUGUCGUCCGCCGGGACCGAGUUGGUGAAAGGCGGAGGGAACGAUGCAGUCUGACCAGCAUGCGGACUCUUGGGGCUCAUCACUGCGAGGCAGGCUGGCUCUACCAUGCUUCAUUGAUCGCAAGGCAUGGGAGGCAUAGGUAUCUUAAUCACAAUGCGAACCCAGCGUUUCCGAGAA